UGCUUGAUCACACCGUGUCGGAAAAGAAGCGUUAGAGCGGAGCAGGUACCGCAGGGCAAGCGAAGCAAGAAUGAAGUUCUCCGCGACAUCCGCGCUGUGCACGGUGAUCCCCCUUCUGCUGGAUGUGGGGCAAGCAAAGAUCUACUUCCAGGAAAAGUUCGACGACGAGGGCUGGCGGGAGCGAUGGACGGUGCCGACCAAGUGGAAGCCCGCGGACGAGCUUGGGGAGUGGGGGUGGACGGCCGGGGAGUGGUACGGGGGCUCCGCGGACGACAAGGGCAUCCAGACCUCCGAGAACAAUAGGUUUUACGGAUUGUCCGCGAAGCUCACGGAGCCGUUUACCAACGAGGGGAAGGACCUGGUGCUGCAGCUGUCCAUCAAGAACGAGCAGAAGCUGGACUGCGGGGGCGCGUACAUCAAGCUCACGGGCGACAUGGACCAGGACUCGUUCGGGGGGGACACUCCGUACCAGAUCAUGUUCGGGCCUGACAAGUGCGGCACGAGCAAUGCACGCACGCACGUGAUCUUCAACUACCCUCCCAAGGGAGAGGGAGACGACGGCAACCUGCUCAUCAAGAAGGACGUCAAGAUGGAGAAGGACCAGGCCUCGCACCUCUACACCUUGCACGUCAAGCCCGAUGGCACCUUCGAGGUGUUCAUCGACCAAGAGAGCGUGCGUGCCGGGUCCCUCGAGGACGAAUUCGACUUCUUGGCCCCCAAGGAGAUCAAGGACCCCGAGCAGAGCAAGCCGGAGGACUGGGUGGACGAGAAGAAGAUUCCUGACCCCGAGGAUGUGAAGCCGGAGGGGUACGACGACAUCCCGUCCGAGAUCCCGGACCCGAAGGCCGAGAAGCCCGAGGACUGGGACGAGGAGGAGGACGGGGAGUGGGAGCCGGCGAUGAUCAAGAACCCCGAGUUCAAGGGCAAGUGGAAGCCCAAGAUGAUCCCCAACCCGGACUACAAGGGCCCCUGGAAGCACCCGAUGGUGCCCAACCCGGACUACAAGGAGGACAAGACGCUGGGGAAGAGGUGCACUGAGUGCACGCACGUUGGGUUCGAGCUGUGGCAGGUGACAGCGGGCACUAUCUUCGACGAGAUCUUGGUGACGGACUCCCUCGAGGAGGCUCAGAAGUUCGCGGAGGAGACGUGGGCGACCAAGAAGGACAAGGAGAAGGAGGCGCAUGAGGAGCUGAAGAAGAAGCAGAAGGAGGAGGAAGAGGCGGAGAGAGCCGCAAAGAAGGCGGCCGCGGGAGACGAUGAGGAGAGCGAGGAGGAGGGCGAGGCGGUCGAGGAUUGGCUGAGCGAAGCCGAGGAGGACGAGCACGACGAGCUCUGAUCUGAUUGGCUGAUGGGUUUGAUCGGUUGGUUCAGUAUAGCGGAGGACGAGCACCGCGAGCUUCGAUUGGCUGAUGGGUCGAUUCGAUUCGAUCGAUUGGUUAGUCGACCAGCACGCCGAGCUCUGAUUGGCCGAAGGAGCUAGAUCUGUUGGUGGGAGGUUUGGACCGCUCGUUGCGGGCGUUUUUUUUUUUUUUGUCGUUGUGGUGCCAAGGUCCCACCGGCUGCCUGUCGGCCCCGGCGGUAAUAGUCGUCUGUUGAUCGAUCGGUCAAGGUGGUGCAUCCGGUUCUGUGUAGUAUUACGUUGUGUAUUUUUCCUACGUCUCGUAGUGAUGCGCGGCGGGCCUAGCGACGUUUUGUUCCUAUCCGGCUGCCGAUUGAUUCCACCGUGACGACCGUGUUCUUUCUUUUUAUUUCCGUUAGGUACUGUAUGUACCGUGUCUGUUACGGUGAAGCACCGUAUUGUUCCCGUGAAGAAUGUGGAUUAUCUUUUCCUCAACAGGUAGCGUACCGUGCUGUUCCGGUAAGCAAAUGUGGAGGGCUGGCGCGGCGGCGAUGAUGGUGCACUCUACCCUUGUGGGCACGCAGCGAACAACGUGUAUGUGUGUCGCCGAGUCGUUCGUUGUGUGACGCGUAUGAUACGGCAGCAGUGCGAUUUCGCUGGAUUGGCGUGUUUUAAGUUGGUUUGAUCGAUCAACUACGAUCAAUUAUUCUUUUUCUGAGUCUCAAUUUUGACCCUUGUGUUUAAGAGCAUGUGGGUCCGUCCCCACGGCGUUUGGCCUCCUUUCUGCCUUUGUUGCGUUUGUGAGAACAACGCACGGGUGGUGAUGGACGACAACAUGAACCGGUCUGCCGACUUCACCCAUGCCGCAGCCGCAAACCCUUCCCCUCCGGACCUCAGUCGUCCUUUUUCCGGGUGACGUCUCCCCUCCCUGUAGCAACGAAAUACAUUGGGUUUUGGUGGAUUUUCCAAUGCACUGGUACACACAACACAUGGCAAAGCUCGAUACAAGCUGCACCCACUGCGACCAUAAAGUC